GACGCUGCAAUCGCCUGCAAGGGUUCACAGUUGGGAUUUUUCUUGAUCUUACGACUUUAGGCUGCGCCGCGGCCUGAUUGUCUUUCCGUCCAUGAAGGAAACCCCCAACCUCUCAUCGCUGCUUCCCAAGUUCCUCCUUACGCUUCUUACUCCCAAGAGGAACGAUAUUAGGAGAUUUUAAGUUGAUUUUCUGGUCAUGUAUCACCACAUCUUGUGAGCGACUAGAACGCCACACCCUUCCACCCUUUAGAACUUGUCACUCGUUUGUGAAACCGUUACGACCAUUGCAAACAGCAAUUCGCUGUCACCUUCUUCGACGUCAUUCACCUGAUCUAUUCGUUCUCCAAGAAGAGUCCAUGAACCUUUCCUAGCUACGACAUCACGACCAUACCUAGAUCCUACCAUGGGCAUCAUUCAUGAGAAGGCGCAUUACGCCCUUGCUGUCGCCCUCGUUGCGUUCCUGGUACGCGCUUUUGUCCUUAGCCAGUGGAACACCAUCAAGAGGAAUGGCGAGCGUCUGAAGAAACCGCCCAAUACCCUCCCUUUGGUGGGAAAUGGUCUCCAGUUCCUGCAGCCUAGGUGGAAACUCUUCAGUUGGUUCGACGCCUGCCAGCGCAAAUUUGGUUACGAAACUGUUGCUCUCUCUGUCCCAACCCUACCUCCUGGAGUGCUUAUUCAUGAUCCUCGUAACCUGGACUAUGUGUUCAAGAAUGAGGGCGUGUUCACCAAGGGCAAUUUCGUCAAAGGCCGAUCGUGGGAUCUCUUUGGCAACGGUAUCAUCAACGCCGAAGGCGAGUUUUGGAGAACCCAGAGGAAAGCAGGUCUAAGCUUUCUCAACACUUCCAACUUGCGAGUUCUCACGGAUGUCGCGCUUCCCGAGUAUCUCUCCGAAAGCAUUGCCCAACUCAGGUCAAGCACCAAUGGUACCGUGGUCGACUUACAGCAUGUCUUCCAUGAGAUCACCACCAAACUGAUGGGCAAGAUGGCCUACAAUAUGGAAAUGCAUGCGGACGACGAGUUUACCGUAUCCUUUGACUACGCCUCAGGCGGCACCGCUGAACGUUUUCAGAAUCCCCUGUGGUUUGUGACCGAAAUCUUCUUAGGAGCAAAACUCCGAAAGUCAAUCGCCGUUGUGAAGGACUUCGGGAGGCGUAUCGUCACCAAGGCCGUACAAGACCGCCAAAGCCAGAAAUCUCACGAAAAGGGGUUCGGGGAGGAAGAGGGAAAGCUUGAUCAAAUCUCGGGGAGUCUUAUCCAGUCCCUCCUCGAUGCCAUCCAGGACGAGCAAAUGGUAGCCGAUGCUGCCUUGACUUACCUCUCUGCCGGCAGAGACACGACCGGUCAAGCCUUAACGUGGACAUUCUACCUUCUGAUGAGACACCCCAGAGUCAUUGCCAAGGUCCGCGAGGAGGCGAUGCAGCUGCUGAAAGAAAAGGAUGUUGCGCUCGCCCCGGACCAAUUCGACUCCUCGCUUUUCAAUCCCGUCACCAUGCCCUACAGUAUGGCGGUGUUCUACGAAGUCCUCCGGCUCUAUCCGCCCAUCCCCUUCGAGAUCAGGCAGUGCAACGAAGACGUAACGCUGCCUGAUGGCACAUUUCUCCCCAAGAGCUCGAUAUUGAUAUGGUGUCUGUGGGCAAUGCAGCGAUCAAAGCUCACGUGGGGUGACGAUGCCGACGACUUCAAACCGGAGCGAUUCCUGGACGGAAACAAACUGAUAUCGAGGAGCCCUUCUGAGUUUCCAGUCUUUUACGGUGGACCGAGGACUUGUCUGGGAAGGAAGAUGGCAGAAGCCAUUGCUGCUCAGGUUAUCCCAACCAUGGCCUGCCUGUUUGACUUUGUCCCUACUAGCGAUGAGGAGAGGACAAGCAAGACCAGUCUAACACUUCCUAUGGAGGGCGGCCUACCCGUGACAGUAAAGACUAGGACUGGGGAAGAGCGAUAGAAGCUGGCGCGCGUAUCUGAAAUUUCCUGUUUUAGAGGACAUCAAAGGCGAUCAGAUGGCGCUCGUAUAUAGACGGCUUGAGCAUUGUUUUAUUCCAUCAAGAUACCCAUGUAUGAGAUGUUUUUUUUCAGCCCAUUUGUUCUCUGUGAUGGACGUUAAUCUUGUC